UGCAGUGAGAUGGCACCGUCCGUGAAAGUAUUGUCCGCGUUGUUGUUGCUUGUGAUCGGUGCAUCGGAGUGUAGUCCGUUUUUCGGGAACAACUAUGUCCUUCCACAAGGAGCACGCCUUGCGAAUGCAGCCAACACUGUUGUGCGGAACCUGGACGCAGCACAAUCUCAGGUUCGGUUAAGUCUAAUUAAUCCAACGGCAUCGAACUUUCUAAGUUUGGGAGCGACGGCGUUGAGAGAAUAUGUGGGAAAUACUACGCUCGUCAUGGGUCAGCUGUUUCGCGAAGUGGCACAGGUAGCUGUCGAUCGUACGACACCUCCAGCUGUGGUCUUCACUCGACUUAAUCUGGCGCUGCAAGGAGUUCCCCAGUGGAAUCGCAAUCUUUCCCAAUCCAUCGACGUGUUCUCGCAGGUGUUUAAUUACGAUCAAAACUCGAAUACGGCGAGCUACUUCGAGCUGUGGAAGGAUGCACUAGACAAAAACGUUAACGAUCUGGCGGAUGUGCUGAGUCGUUUGGGUGCGGUUAUUCUUUCGAUCACAGGCGAGCCAUUGAACACGCAACAAUUUCUGCAAGCCAUCUCUACCAACGGCACUCUGCAGCAGCUGGUUGAUGUGGUAGAAUCGAAUGUGCGUCUAUCGGCCGACUAUUCUUCGAGUGUCACCAAACUUGUGGCAGCCGUACGAGCGGCUAAUGACUUUCAAUCGCGGUCCUAUUCGUUACUUCGGACGAAUCAGGCUUCGAUUAAUACGAACUUUGAUCGGUACAGUGCCGCAUCUAACCUGUCGUAUUAUCGAUUUUUGAACGCCGCUGAUUCACUGUUUAACCAUCUUAAGGACACGAAUCAGAGCUUUGUCUUCCGUUGGCCACUGCUUUUCAGUGCCUCUGUACAUAACCAACUGAAUCUGCUCAACCAAUCGAUAGAUCAUUUGACGGCAAACAUUUUACGGCGCACCGUUGCUGUGGCUGAAAAGCUUGAUCAGACGCAAGUCCUCUUCAAGCAAGGAAAUAACCCAUUAAGCUACCUGCGAGAGGAAACCGAUUUGCUUACACGCAUUUUGCUCGAUGUUUUAAGCGAAGAAAACUACUGUGCAUCUGGAUUCGUUACCCCAUUUAACGAGCUGCCCGCACAAGUGACCACGCUAGUUGCGGGAUGCUUAACGGAGCAAACGACUCUUGAGAGUCAAGGAUCUGCGCAGCUAGUUUCGCUAGCGAACAACUUCCUCCGACCGUAUGUCACCACCAUUUACGGGCGAAUGAACAUUUGCUUCCGGCAGCCUUUCGACAAAAUGACCGAUUGCUUGGAUCACAUCGUCGCCACGAUCGACUUCAGGGGAAAGUUCUUCUUGCUGGAUCUCGCCAGUCAACUGUUCUUCGAGCAAGUUCAGGAUGAGCUGCCCUCUUGUAACGACCGUGUGCUGGAGUUUGUGCGAAAUUCCGGUCUUCGUCAGACGUGCGAAGUAUUCAACUAUGAAGUCAACCUAUAAGCAACUCGAAUGUUAUUCGACUUGUUAGCGGAAUCUUUAUUGUCUUUUAAGACGUGGAGCCAAAUCACUUCGUCCAACGAUUACGAUAGCGAGUGCGUUUUUUGCUGUAGAUGCACAUCUCCUGGAUGUUGUGGUAAUUCAGGAAGUACCCGUUCUGAGCCACACACGUAUUGAAGUUGUUCUGUAUCUCGCUAUCGACCAGCGACUCGACUUGCUUGGCCGCAUUAUAGAUUCGUCCAUUAGCCCAGUUGUUUUCGUAUCCGCUCUGGAAAUAAACGUUCAAGA